AUGACCUUUUCUCUGAUCUCCUUCACCUCCUCACGGUCCCUUGUGGUAUCAGUGAUAUGCAUCAUGUCACAGGAAUCCAACUUCCGGGCUUCGAAGAGGCCAUCUAAAGUUCGACAGGCCUGUGACCCUUGUCGCUCGCGCAAAAUCCGCUGCGAUGGAUGUUGGCCCUGCGCCAACUGCCAGGAGACGAUCCUGGAGUGCACGUACGUAGCGGUGCCGAAGAAGACGGGACCGAAAGGACCACGUCAUGCGCGGAGAUCUCUUCAUCGGCGGCAGACUGUGCCAGUAGCCGUACACCACGAUGCAAAUAGACAGACUGGAGAUGAGACUCGGACGAGGGCACCACCAGUCACGCCACCAUCACCGGUUCAUACGGCGGAUCAAAGAGACGAUAGGUUUCAACACUCCCCUCUAGUAUCUGCGGACGUAAUAAAGUGGUGUCUCGAUGCUUUCUUCAGACACAAAUACCCGCUUACACCCAUCCUACAUCGUCAACAGGUGGAGGAAUGCACAAAAGACCUCUCAACCUCGGCCGAGAAAUACGGACUCAUGACAGCUUGCUCUGCCGUCAUCUCUCUCUCGCCCGAGAUAUUACCACCUCCAAACCCGACGCCACUCUCAUCUCCCGACACCCUAGCUCCUGUCCUCCCGACAACCGAGUUCCUCAUCUCAGAAACCCUUCGCGCAAGGCGUUAUUGCGAUCUCGCCGAGCAUCAGUCCCUACUCCACGCGCAAACCUCCUUCUUUCUCUUCUCUGCCUUCUUCUGUAUGGACAACGACAACGCGGCUUGGUUCUAUCUACGAGAGUCCAUCACCAUCCUUCAGACGCUCCGCCUACACGAGGAAGCCACGUAUAACGACAUCACCGACCCGGUCUUAGCCACGUACGCUCGGCGCAUGUUUUGGGUUCUGUUCAUCACCGAGAGGGCGUACGCGCUGCAGAGACAUCGGCCGUUGACGCUGCAGAGCACCCUGGGUCUUCCCACCGUUGACCCGCUUAGUGCAGACGCCGCGAUUCUUCCCGGCUUCCUCGAUCUCAUCUCUCUCUUCCGGCACUUUGAUACAGAUUUCAUAGCGACUUGGAACUCGUCCACACCAUCCACGACAUCGCCUUCAGAAGCAACAGACCCGGAACAUCUCUCGAAACUACAAACCGUCCUAAAGUACGCCAUCCCGAGCGUGUCAAACUACUCUGAAAUGCAGCAAGCCGACCUCUUGAUCUCCCGGCAGUGGCUCAAAGUCAUCGUGUGGAAGCUAUGCGUAUCCAAGACGCUGUUGUCCAUCUUAGACAGCGAGGACAGCAUGUCACUGAGCUAUCCUACCGCCGUUGCCCGCGACGUCGUACUCAUUUCGCGGCUGCUGCCAACCAAGGCCUUUGAGGCUAAUGGUGUCGGCAUAUUAGAAAAGGUGUUUGAUGUAGGUUGUUCACUCGCAGAUCUGAUAUCUCUCGGCCCUGCGACGAACCAGUGGUCCGCUAUGCACGUCGGUCAGAUCGAUAUCCUGAUGGAGAUUGUAAGGAUAGUUGAUACAACCCUUGGUGGAAGCUACAGGCACCUGGAUAUGUUGUAUCACAAGGCAAACUAUUGCCUCCUGAUGAAUGUGGACAGAAAUCUAGCUCCGGCUGGGUGCUUGGAGGAAAAUGGGCUUGAGGAAAUCCUCGAAGAAGAAAUCCUCGAAUAA